AAGGUCUAGCAGCAACUCUGCAGGGAACGAACGAAUCACAACCUGAGCAUGACUCAACAGGACCUGGCUGUUGUGAAAAUGCUAAAUGUCAAUGUGAGGAUGUUUACGAAGAACAGUAACUUUUAAAAUGCAUGAAAUGAUCCUUCAGCUCCACUCAGCACUAGUCAGGCCUCAGCCAGAGCGCUGUGUCAAAUGUUGAGCAGUUUUUUUCCCUCUUCUAGGAAAAUGUGAAGUGGCUGGAGGGGAGCCAAGCAGAGAGAAUCAACAACUAUUGGAAAAGCCUGCACUCACAGGUCAUGUUAGAGAUCACGUAGUGCUGAGUGUAAACAACAGAUGACCAGAGGGGAUGGAGAAAUUUGGUUUUCUGUAAGAAGCAUACUUUGCAAAGUAGAAGGGAAGCAUCCACAUAAAUAGGACAACAAUAAUAGGCUUAGCUGCAGCAGAAACUGAGGUUAGAUAUCAGGAGAAACCUUCCAGCCUUAGGGAUGGUUACAGGCAGGAGGAAAUGGUCUGGGAGUUUGCUAUAAAGCUCUGUUGUGACAGAUUUCAAAUAAACAGGGGCUGACUGCAUAUCAAACUGAUGGUGCUGGGCAAACCAGUCAUGAUUUAUCAAAGCCAGAAAUAUUCUCUAUUCCACCAAAAGAAGCUUUUCACGUAGCGUGUGCUGAACUCCAGUGAAAUCCUGUGCAUUAAGCCCUAUUGCAUUACAGUGACAUUGAUUUCAGAACUUUGUUCUGUGACAAAUCCAAAUAUGGGAUUUUCUGGGUUUUGGAUCUAUCUCAGGCAGCCAAAUGAAUGCAACCCCUCUAAUACUCCCUGUGCAUUAGGUGAAGUAAAUCCUCUCUUGGCAAUUAUCUGAAGACACCUAUUGAGUUCAAGGGAAAACAACAGCUCAGGUGCUGUAGUGCAGAAACCAUUGUCAUGUUUAUGCAAAACUUCCUUCCUAUGCCACAAAAGCUGCUUGUUCCAGUCUGUGCUGUGCUGCAGCUGUUGGCACAGCUUAGCAUAUCAGCUGUCAGAUGAGGAGCAGCAAGGAUGAAAGAUGCACAUCUCCAGCUCCUGUCCUUGGGCUCGCAGCGAUUCUUGGGAGCAGAAAGAGCCAGAAAGUAAGUGAACAUCUUCCCCAAGCCCUGCAGCAUGUCCCCUUGUCAAGGGCAUUUCUCGUCCCUUCCAUGUGGUUCUGCAGGGGAUUGCACUGUGGCAGGGUGAGGCCCUGCUUUGCAGUCGCUGUCCCACGUCAGGAUGUGCAGCCACACACACACACAAAAAACAAACAAACAAACAAAAAACAGUCAGAUCCCAACGAGAAAUUUGGAGGAGGAAGAAAGGAUGCUUGCAUUUUAAUAAAGUCUAGGGCAAUAUGUGGACAAGUUCCCCAUGUCCUCCAGAAGGAGCAGAGGGAGCUGUUUGGUUAAUGUAACUGGUUCAAAAUAGAGUCAAGCAGCAGAGAGGAAAGACAUGCUUCCUUGUCUGGAGGGGUCAGCAGCCUCUUUUGCAAGCUUCCGCUUGCAAAAUACUCUUCUGCUCCCCAUGAAUGAUAUGCUCUUUUGUUUUGGGUCCAUGUUUUUCAUUUUGUUGUUUGCUUUCUGUUUCCUCUCUGUACAUCUUUUGACUGUCCUUCUCUUUUUCUAGCUAGCAUUGCUGUUUCACCCUGCAGUCUCAGACAUGCUGGGAUGUGAAACAAGUUGCUUAAUUGCUGCACAGUACCCAGCAGGCAACAUCCGAUCCCUAUGAAGAGGUUGCUCAUAUUUGCCUUCCUCAUUUACACUCUCAGCAGAGAGGACAAGAAGGGACACAGCGCUUCUCGCUCUGCUGACAAAUGGUGCGUGGAAGUCAUCAGGGAGGGAUGCUGAGGGAAGCCCGCAUCACUACGUGCAUGAUUGAUCUGUCUGCUGAGGCCCUGAGCUUGUGAGCUCACUUUCAUUGGCCCUGAAUUCACAGGUACAGGUGAAUGCUCCUCCAUGAGUAUACAGCCAAAGGUUCUCAAAGAAUUAGCUAAUAUUUUAGGGGGUUCAGUGUUUGAGGUGUUAGAAAUACCCUCUUUUCCAAUAGCUUCAGAAAACGGACACUGCUGGCCCAGUUCAGGGAGUGCAGGGUGCACAGCAGGGCACUUCAUUUGCCCACUUCCUGGUGCUCCAGUAUGGAUUUGUUAUCCUUGGGAUAAUUGCUAGAACUAAACAGCUGCCAGUUGCUGAGCUGUCAGGUUCAUGUCUUUUUUCUUUUUUUUCUCUUAAAUACCUAAUUAGACGAGAUUUAUUUUUAAUGCUGAAAUGCCUUAUUACCAUCAGCAUCUGACUCCCAUCUAUCCACUGCUGCGUACGGGCUGCUGUUCCUGAAGCAAGAGUCUUGCAGCAGCUACCUCAGUCCCCCAUCACUGUCCCUCCCUGCAGGAGCUGGCAUUUGCUGCUGCCAUCCCUCCUAUUAAUUCCACCACAGCCCAUGCUGUUUGCCUGCCUCAUUUGGUGCUCUAGAGCUAAUGACUGCACAACCAGUUGUUCUCUCUUUUGUAACUAUUACCAUCGCUGCCUGUUGUUGAUAAUUCAGGGUUAAUUACUUACUAUAAAGCUUUGCAGAACAAUUUAGCUUAGCUGAGCCUGAUCAUUGAUGAAGACUAUAAAUGUCUGCAGUCUGUCACUGAUAUAAAUGUUACUGAAGGUUGUUAUAACUGGCUUUUGCUGGUAUGCUGCAGCAAACAGGUUGGUUUGUCCAGUGCCACAGCCCGAUGCCCCUGGUAUUUUGUACAACCACCACACCAGGUUUGCUUACGUAUGCAUUCACACUGCAAAGUGUGUGUAGCUCCAGUACAGCUCCAGCAGUAUUGAAGCCAGACACUAACAGGACAUUGUGGCAGUUGUAAAAAGUCCAGCGUUUUAGUUGAGCUUAUGGUGCUGUGCUGACAGGUCAUAAGUGCAUCUUACUGGAGAUAGACAUGGCUACUAAAAGAUUUAGGUGAUAAAGGCUGAAGGAGCGAGCUUGUCUAGCCAGGAGAAGAGAAGGCUCUGGGGAGAGCUCAUUGCAGCCUUCCAGUGCUUGAAGGGAGCUUAUAAGCAAGAGCAGGGACUGACUUUUUAUGCGGCCUGAUAGUGAUAGGGCAAGGCAGAAUGGCUUUAAGCCAAUAGAGGAGAGAUUUAGAUUAGAUGUUAGAAGGAAAUUCUUUACUCGGAUGGUGGUAAGGCCCUGGCACAGCUGCCCAGAGAAGCUGUGAGUGCCCAAGGCCAAGCUGAAUGGGGCCUGGGGCAGCCCUGCACAGUGGGGUGGGUUAGGGCUGGAUGAUCUGUAAGGUCCCUUCCAACCAGAGCUGCUCUAUGAUUCUAUGAUUAUGUUCUCUGUUUUAUGGAAUAAGUGGGGGAAGAAUUGCCAAGUGCUCAGCCUAAGGCCACCCCUCUGGUGCUGCAUCUCCAGUUAGCUGAACUGAGGCUAUUCUGCAUUCAUGGAAGCCUUCACAGUGUGGUGCUAUGCAAUAGUCUUCAGCUUGUCAUCAAUAGCCUUCAGCAGCUCCAGGCACUGACAGCUGCUCACUGGGAAAGGACAGUUUCAUUACACCAUGCGGGACGCUGAGGCUCCAGCUGAUUUCAAUGAAAACAAAGCCACUACCCUCUGAAGCACCUUUUAAAUUCAGCAAAGCGUUGUCUUCAUCUUCAGAUGUCAAAUUAUCCCAAAUAUACCUAAUAUCUUUGUGUGACGUCAUGAGUGAGGAGGUGAUGAAUUGUUCUCUGACCUUCAGUUUCUUCAUUUAGACUGUGUCACCAAACCAUAUUUUAUGUCACUAGGAGACAGCAGAUGUAAAUCAAAGAUCUGCCUGCUCUAGAAUAGCUAACAAGGGAGGAAAUGACAUCCAUCCAUUUACACGGACACAUUGUCUUGAGAAGAUUUUCUGCCUUCCAAACCUGGUUUUAAAAUGGGAUUUCAUACUCACAGGCUUUGUGUUGGUUUCUAGCACGAGGGGUGUUGCCCCAGUACUUUUGCUGGAGAGAAGCAGCCUCAGCCAUGUAAGUACAUAUUUAAACACAGCAGAAAAGAUUUGAUUACUGAAUGUGAAAGGCAUGCACCCCAGGGCAUUGCUCAGAGAGUUGUGUGUAAUAACAGAAACUGAAAGAAGUUUAAAGAUCCUUGGUGUUUGACUGGUGUUUUUCUGUUUUGCAGAGUGAAGGGAGUGUUUUGUACUUUAAAAGGAGGAUGAACUAAGGCUUUAGUUGGAGAAAGAAAUGAAGAACAAGUCUGUGGAGAACAAAUUCAAAGCUCAGUAAGCUGUCUUACCAAGAUCUGACCACACUAAUUUCAACAGAUGAAACUUCAGUCAGAUAAUCAUCUUCCAUUUUAAAGCAAGUGUUAAAAUGGUGCUCCAUCACAGCCCAGCACACCCCGCAGCAGGAAGGCCGCCCUCUGGAGGCAUCUCCGAACUGGUGCCGCAGCGACCCGUCCCGCCCCACGAUCGCCUUCCAGCCGCAACCGGCGUAACCCCACGCAGCCCCCGCCGCGUGUGGGUGGGAGGAGAGCCCGGAGACGUAUCCCCGGCAGCCGGCCGGGAGAGAUUCAUGAUGUUACACCAACAGCUAAUAAUUGCCUUUGGAAUAUUACUAGCAGGAGAUAUAUGCACAUCUAGGAGCUGCUAUUUAGAAGACCAAGUUGCCAUGUAUAAUUCCUGCAACCUCACGAGUGUUCCACUUGUGCCAAAGGACACUGCAAAGCUUUUUCUAACUUACAACUAUAUCAGACAGGUGACUGCAACUUCAUUUCCACUGCUGGAGAAUUUGUUCUUGUUGGAAAUUGGAACACAGAAAGUCUUUCCUCUUUACAUAGGAAAAGAAGCUUUCAGGAACCUGCCAAACCUUCGUGUCUUGGACCUGGGGUUCAAUAACAUUCUUCUGCUGGAUCUCGAUUCUUUUGUGGGUUUGCGACGUUUGACCAUACUCGGUCUGUUUCAGAACAACCUCGGAGAUUCCAUCCUGGAAGAGCGUUACUUUCAAGAUUUGAGCUCAUUGGAAGAAUUGAAUCUUUCAGGAAACCAAAUCACAAAACUUUACCCACACCCCUUAUUUUUCAAUCUAACCAUCUUGAAAUCUGUGGACCUGAAAUUCAACAAUAUAUCCAACCUGUGUGACAGUAAUCUUACCAGCUUCCAAGGAAAACACUUUUCAUUCUUUAGCCUCAGUUCUAACGCUUUGUAUAAGACAGAUAAAAAGGUCUGGGCCAAGUGCCCAAAUCCUUUCAGAAAUAUUACAUUUGACACACUGGACGUUAGUGAGAAUGGCUGGAGCACAGAGAGAGUCCAGUAUUUCUGCACAGCUAUUAAGGGGACUCAAAUCAAAUAUUUGUCAUUUCGCACUCAUAUAAUUGGCUCAGGAUUUGGCUUUAAUAACUUAAAAAAUCCAGAUAAGAACACAUUUACAGGACUAGCAAAAAGUGAUCUUAAUUUGCUUGAUAUUUCCCGUGGAUUCAUUUUCUCUCUCAAUUCUUUAAUCUUUGAAAGCCUUCGUAAUCUGGAAUUCCUAAACCUUUUCAGAAACAAGGUAAAUCAAAUCCAAGAGCAAGCAUUUUUUGGCUUGGAAAACCUAAAAAUUCUCAAUCUCUCAAGUAACCUUUUAGGUGAAUUGUAUGAUUAUACUUUUGAGGGACUACACAGUAUAAUGUAUAUUGAUUUACAACAAAAUCAUAUUGGGAUGAUUGGUCAAAAAUCUUUCAGUAAAUUAGUAAAUCUGAAAAUAAUUGAUCUCCGAGACAAUGCCAUUAAAACACUCCCUUCCUUUCCACAUCUGACUUAUGCCUAUUUAGGUGACAAUAAGCUGAUGUCUGUAGCUCACACGGCAAUAGCAGCAACACAUAUUGAAUUAGAGAGAAAUUGGCUCGCAAAUCUGGGUGACCUGUAUGUUCUCUUCCGAGUUCCGGAUGUGCAGUAUCUCUUCUUAAAACAGAAUCGUUUCUCUUAUUGUGUGAAACAUGGUAAUGCUAUAGAAAAUAGCCAGUUGAUUUAUAUGGAUCUAGGAGAAAAUAUGUUACAGCUUGUGUGGGAGAGAGGUUUGUGUUUGGAUGUAUUCAGGUCACUGUCUAAACUUCAGGUUCUACACCUGAACAACAACUACCUUAGUGCUCUUCCACAGGAGAUUUUUAAUGGUCUAACAUCUCUAAAAAUACUUAAUCUAGCUUCCAACCUUUUGUCUCACCUCUCUCUCGGGGUUUUUCCAGAAAGCCUAAUAAACCUAAACUUGUCUGGAAACCAGCUUUUUUCCCCUAAGCCUGAAGUCUUUAUGACUUUGAGUAUUCUGGAUAUAACACAUAACAAGUAUGUCUGCGACUGUGCUUUAAAAAGCCUACUAGUGUGGCUAAAUGAAACCAAUGUAACCCUAGCUGGCUCAGAGUCUGACAGGUACUGUGUAUACCCACCUGCAUUAGCAGGUGUACCAGUGUCACUUCUGACAUAUGAUGAUUGUGAUGAAGAUGAACUCCAGCAGACACUCAGGUUCUCACUAUUCAUUUUCAUCACUGUCACCCUUCUGAUGUUUCAGAUGUCAGCCAUUAUUCUUACUCGCUGUCGGGGGAUUUGUUUUGUCUGCUAUAAGACCAUCACCAAAACUUUGAUAGGAAGCCAUCCACCAGCAGCAGAUACAAGCGAAUACAUGUAUGAUGCAUAUUUGUGCUACAGCAAAAAUGAUUUCGAAUGGGUCCAGAACUCUCUGCUGAAGCACCUGGAUUCACAAUAUUUUUAUAAAAACAGAUUUACCCUGUGCUUUGAGGAACGAGAUUUCUUGCCUGGGGAAGAACAUAUCAACAACAUUCGUGAUGCUAUUUGGAAGAGCAGGAAAACAAUUUGUGUUGUGACCAAGCAGUUUCUCAAAGAUGGGUGGUGUGUUGAAGCCUUUAAUUUUGCCCAGAGCAGGUACUUCAGUGAUUUGAAAGAGGUUCUCAUUAUGGUAGUAGUUGGGUCACUUUCUCAAUAUCAGCUGAUGAAACACAAACCAAUUCGAAUUUUUUUACAAAGGAGUCGAUAUCUGCGUUGGCCUGAAGAUUAUCAAGAUAUAGACUGGUUUUUAGAUAGCCUUGCUUCCCAAAUUCUGAAGGAAAAAAAAGUGCAAAGGGAUGUCAGUGGUACAGAGCUGCAAACUAUAGCGACAGUCUCACGCUGACAUUGAUGGCUUGCUGGCUUUCUCAAUAUGUUCUAUUUUAGCUGUGCUAUGGGAGGACAAAAGAGAUCUGCUUCAUCCUUCCCUGAAAAAGCAGGUACAGGGACAACUGCUUUGUUUUAAGUCCUACUAAACUUGGAAAUAACCUGAGAGCCAAGAAAGUGCAGUCACCAUAUGGACAGUGGGCAUUUAUUUUCAGGAGAAUUAAAUGAAUCACGAAUGCCUCACAUUUUGGAUGCUCAGCUUCAAACAACUUACAGUUGAUUUUCAGAGUGCUGCAUAUUUCAGGUCUCUGUUUUCAGUGACAGGAGGAUGCCCUUUUUUUAUAUAUCUCUUUUAUUCUUUUCAAAAAGAGACCAUUGUACUGUGUGAUGAUGCCUUACACCUUUAUGUUUUAAAAUGGUGCUAUAUAGAUUUCAUUUGUUUCCUACUCAGCUAGGCUCACAUUCUCAGCUGCAACAUGCAACCUUUUAACUUCAUUCAUUCCUUUCCCUUUUUCAACCCUUCUCCUUGGGUGGUGAAGCCACAGCCAUUGGGCUGAUUCAUUUAUUGCUGUUUCAUUUUCUCAGCUAAGAGGAGCGGAUAUCCCCUUCGGAUCUGAAGCAAGCCUGAAAACCAAACAAGAAACUACCUCCAUAGCCAUGAGUGGCUGCCAGGAAGCUGGAAUAUAAGUGGAAUAUAUGGAUAACUUGUGUAUCCUGUGGGUUGUUCUUGGUACAUCCUGUGCCCUGACCAAUUAAGAUCUUUUCUCCCUUUUUUUUUUUUUUUUUUUUUUUUUUUUUUUUUUUUUUUUUUUUUUUUUUUUUUUUUUUUUUUUUUUUCUGAUUCUAUUGAAAUAGUUUUAUUGGGUGAUAAAUGUAUGGUACGCUCUUUCUUCUAUCAUUGUUUUACCUUUCUUUUCUUAGGCAUGCAUCUUCAGGGGGACAUUCAGGGUCAUUUUAAUAAAAUUCUGGUCCAUCAUUGUGGUUUAACAACAACUGCAGCUCAGCACUGUGCAGCUGCUUGCUGCAACAGCAAAACAUCAGUGUGUUAUCACCACUAUUUCCAUCAAAAAUCCAAAACACAGCAACAUAUGAGCCUCUGCAAAGAAAAUUAUCUCUAUCCCAACCAUGACAAUCAUGGACUGUUAUAAACGUAUAACCUGCACCCUUUAUUAUGAAUGUGAUAUAUUCCAGGAGUGGAUUGUUGAACUGGUUUUAUACAUGUACUCAAUAAAUCUUACUAAAAUAAU